AUGGCCACACAUCAAAACCUUCCAAGGCUCAAGAUCUCCCACGGCCACGGCGACCCAGAACACCUGGAGUCAGCAUUGCGGGAGGCGGAAGGAUGUGGCAUCGAGGACGAGCACCUUUUGCAGGCUCAGUCUCGACUACGCGAGCUCCGCACCGCCGAGCGGCAGCUGCACAGUGCCGUUGAAGCCGGUGACAGGGUGCACCUCACGGCGGCGCUGGAGGAGGCUAGCCGACAGGGGUUGAAGACCGCGAAGGUGGACGAGGCAAAUCAGAAGCUGCAGAGCUCCAAAACUGGUGCCCUCGUCUCAGCGAUCCGCUCGCGCGACUACGAUGGCCUCAAGCGUGCCAUUACGGAGGCAGAGGCCCGCCGUCCGGAGGAGGUACUUUCCCAGGCAAAAGAUGUCCACCGAACCCUGGAUGCCGUGGCCAAGCGCGUGAGCGCGGCGCUGCGGACGCUGCAGCCCGACACCGUAUUAGACAAGGAGGCACCGCCCGCAUGGAACUACGAGGACCUGCAGGGCAGCGUGGAGGAAGCGGGCCAAUAUCACAUCGUCACUGACGAUGUGAAGAAAGCUGAAGGCGUUCUGUCCACCAUGAGUGGAGCCCUGGAGAAGCUGGGGAGCAGUAAGGCCACAGCAGGUCUUGAUAUGUUCUUCAUCUUAGUGUUCUGA